AUGGCCUGGCGCUGCUCGGGAAAGACGAAUGUGGAGUUGAUUGAUAACUUGUUUAAGAAUGGGUUGAUUACGAGUGCGAGGAUUAGGGAUGCUAUGAUGAAGGUUGACCGAGCACACUACUGCCCCUCCCCUUCUUACGCAUACGAAGACUCCCCCCAAUCCAUCGGCCACGCAGCUACCAUCUCCGCGCCGCAUAUGCACGCCUCAGCAUGCGAAUCUCUCUUACCGUUUCUCAAACCUGGCUCAAGAGUGUUGGAUAUUGGCUCCGGCUCUGGAUAUCUCACAGCUGUACUUGCUGAGUUGGUACGAGAUGGUGGGAAGGGAGGAAGAGUUGUGGGACUGGAGCAUAUCAAGGCUUUGAAGGAGUUGGGGGAAGGCAAUAUGGAGAAGAGUGAGAGGGGGAUGGAGAUGAUGAGUACUGGGUUGGUGGAGUUUGUUGUUGGGGAUGGCAGGAAAGGGCUGAAGGACGAGGAAGGUUGGGAUGCUAUUCAUGUAGGUGCAGCAGCGGUGGAGUUGCACGAGGAGUUGAUUGAACAGCUGAGGAGUCCUGGACGGAUAUUCAUUCCUGUCGAGGAUUCAGAUGGUUAUGGUGACCAGCACAUUUGGACUGUUGAUAAGGAUGCAAAGGGGGCGGUUACGAAGAAGAAGCUUUAUGGGGUGAGAUACGUGCCGUUGACAGAUGCACCAUUGACUUGA